AUGAAGUUCACAACAUUAAUACUCAUCACAUUCGUCAUCAUCGCCAUGUCGUCUUCUGUUCCGAUCAGAGCAACCGCCGUAGAAGGUUUCAGAGAAGAGGAAAACUUGUGUAAUCCGUUAAGGCUCUUGCCUUGCUUACCUGCUACAACCAUCGGACUACCUCCGACUCCAGAAUGCUGCAACAGACUUAAGGUGCAGGAAUCGUGUCUAUGUGACUAUAUAAAAAAUCCAGACUAUAGUAUUAGUUCUCCAAAAUCUCGUAUAAUGUUAGAAGCAUGUAAGGUUCCUUAUCCCAGUUGUUGA